UUUCAGCGCGCGGGUUUACGACAGUGCGGCGUGUUUACGGCCUCUCAUGAUAAUUGCAGUGAUAGAGGUAAACAAGCAAACUCGGCGUGACUUUCCGCUCCUAUAAGUGCGAAUACCAUAAAGAGAGUGACAAUGCUGCUCCAAAAUCGAGCUGUGUUUGCUCUUGGUCUUCGCAUGUGCUCCACUCAUGUGUCGAGAGGACAUUUGGUGGACACAGCGAGACCCAACUCAGACAUGUCUGAAUUCCGCGAGGUCUUUUCCAAAGCCAAGCACAUAGCAAUCAUCACAGGGGCCGGUGUGAGUGCAGAGAGUGGAGUACCAACCUUCAGGGGAGAAAAUGAGAAGUGGAGAAAGUGGCAAUCUCAGGACCUGGCAACCCCAGAGGCUUUCUCCCGCACCCCGUCACGGGUCUGGGAGUUCUACCACUACAGAAGGGAGAUGACUUUGGGCAAGAGACCCAACGCUGCCCAUCUGGCUAUAGCAGAGUGUGAGGCCCGGCUGAAGAAGCAGGGACGCUCAGUGGUCGUCAUCACCCAGUGCAUCGACGACCUGCACCGACAGGCUGGGUCCAAACAUGUGCUCAAGGUUCACGGCAAUCUGAUGGAGACGCGCUGUGUGAGUUGUGGACAUGUGACCGUGAACAAGCGAAGCCCCAUAUGCGCUGCCCUAAAGGACAAAGGCUCACCUCACCCAGAUGUUGCUGAUGCCCAGAUUCCUGUGGAUAAACUGCCAAGGUGCGGCGAACCUGACUGCCACGGUCUUCUGAGGCCCAACUUGGUGUUUUUCGGAGAAACCCUGGACUCUCACAUCCUGACCAAAGUGGAGAAAGAGAUGGAAACAUGUGAUCUCUGUCUGGUGGUGGGCACGUCUUCAAUCGUUUACCCAGCAGCCAUGUUUGGCCCCCAGAUUGCAUCGAGGGGCAUCCCGGUGGCGGAAUUUAACACAAAUCCUACUCCAAAAUCGGAGUACUUCACGUUCCAUUUCCAGGGCCCAUGUGGAACCACGCUGCCUCCAGCUUUGGCGCGGCAUGAGUCAGAGGUUGUUUAAAAGCUUGUUUGUAAAGAGAACAACUUUACAAACACCAACCAAUGGCUUUUUCUACAUACUAAUGCAAUCCAAUGCUGGGCGGAG